GCUCGCCCGAUCUGGCUCAGAUCUCUCUUCCUCCUCCCUCAUAUACCAGCAUGCCCGAGGGCCCUCCUCAGCCAACCACCGAUUCUCCUACCAUGGUCGUUCAUCCACACCAAGCCAAGAAGAAACGCUUCGACGACGACCAGGCCUCUGCUGACCUCGGCCUCAAACCCGUUCAAUUGCAGCGAAGACGGGUCUGGCGAGCAUGUGAAUCUUGUCGUCGCAAGAAGAUCAAGUGUGACGGCGUCGAGCCUACCUGCUCGCAAUGUUCCCAAUCCAAGUCCCAGUGUACGUGGUUACAAACCAAGGACCGAGCUGCGCUUAGCAGACAUUAUGUCCAAGAACUUGAGGCUCGACUCCUCCAGCUGGAGGGAUUGUUCCAGCAAGUUGCUCCUAUCCUCGAGCAGGUCGGUGCGAGUGGUCUCGACCUCCCGAGUAUAGCCCCGUCCUCGUCGUCGGGCCCAGACCCGUCCUCAGCCAGUCUCAUCCAGUCAGUCCUCCCGCAAGUCAGGGAGGUCGCACAGUCUUUCGGUGCUCCCAAUGGUGGCCUCGGCUCCGACAAUAACACCCCGAUCAAGGUCGAGGACGACGUGUCCGAGUCCUUUGGUCAGCUGGCGCUCGACGAGCACGGCCACAUGCACUGGAUCGGCGGCUCGUCUACUAUGUCCAUUAUUCAGUCCUUCCUCGAGGCUACUUCAUCGCCGUUACACCGUAUAUCCCCUAUGGAGGAGGACCCCUCGGCGCCGGGCCCGAGCGUGAACAAGCUGUACUUCCCAGCGCAAGUCUUCUUCGGGAAGGUACGUGCCUUGCCCAGGCCAGAAGAGGUGGAGUACCCCGACCGCGAUCUCGCAGACAAGCUGGUCGACGCAUAUUUUGCUCGGUUCCAUUUUCUCGUGCCUAUUCUGGACAAGCCAUCGUUCAUGAGGCGAUAUACGUACCUGAUGGACCACAACAACGACUCCGAGCUUGCCCGGAGGCAGACCGCGUUUAUCGCCCUUGUCUGCGCAGUCUUCGCCGUCGCUGCGCGUUUUGUGAACGACCCACGUCUGUUGAAGGCAGAUAACCUCGAUGACGCCGGUAUGGGGAUGGUAUACUAUGAGCGGGCUCUAAUCCUACACUACAUCAGUCAUGCAUCGACUCAGCUUGAACAUGUCCAGUGCUUCAUCCUCAUGUCUUCUUUCCUGUGUGCCGUCAAUUGCCUUCCACAGGCUUGGCUGCUCGUUGGACAGGCCGUCCGUUCGGCCCAAGAUCUUGGUCUACAUCGUUCACCUCGUCGACUGUUCAUCUCCCCGAUCGAGAAAGAAACGAGGCGUAAAGUGUGGUGGGGCGUGUACACCCUCGACCGCAUGCUCGCCCUCGCGCUCGGUCGCCCUCUCGGAGUCGAGGACAUCGACUGCGACGUCGAGCUCCCCGUCGAUGUCGACGACGAACUGCUUCCCGACUACUUCGCUGGCGCGACGAUAUCCCGCGAGCCGCCACAACUCAUGAAGGGCUUCAUUGACUUAAUUCAGCUCUACCGCAUCGCUGGGAAGGUCCUCCGUCAAGUCUACGCUCUCGACAAGUGCCGGGAGAUACUCGAGCCCGAGAAACGCGCCGAGCUGCAACGUGCUGUCGAGUCCCUUGACAGGGAGCUGACGAAGUGGUGCGACGACUUGCCUGAAGCGUUCAAGUCCCGCCCUAUGACCGACAAGCAAGUCUCGAUGGGCGCUGUCCUAUGCAGCCAUUAUUACUCUAUCCUCGUCACCCUUCACCGCAACUUCAUGCCCGUUAAGUACGACCAACCCCUCUACCCGCGCUCCACAGCCAAAGCUGUCUCUACUGCCCGCGCGUGCAUCCGGCUGGCACCUGCCAUCCGCGGUGUUGUUCCCCCUAGCCACCAUCUUGCUUUCUUCAUCCAGAACCUCUUCAGCUCUGCCGUCAUCAUCCUUCUCUACGCCAUGCACACCCCCGAACCCAACGCUUCCCAAGCUGCAAUGGACGAGGCUACGAGCUGCCUUCCUAUCCUGGAGCAAUGGGAGGUUCAGUGGCCCGGCGCCCGGAAGUGCAAGGAGCUCCUGGAGGAGAUCACAGCCACGGCGCGCGAAGCGAUCCGCACUGCUGCGAACAACAGAGCAAGUGUCCAAAUGCGUUCGCCGACAAGCUCGGCUUCGCCUUCUGGUAUUCCAGAAGGACGCAUGUCUGCCGCGGUCCCUAUGCCCGUCCCCGAGAGGCUCAUCAAGGCGAAGCCUCGGCGGAACCGAUCGAGGGAUCCGCGCUUGUCCACGCACCAGGCAAUACCGGGUAUGCAGUUCCGCCAAGAUUCUCAGAGGGCGCGAUCGACGUCUCGCAAGCGGCCCUACGACGACGAUCAGUUCCAAGACGGGAGUCAAGGGUACGGGCUGUUAUCCAGCUCUUACCCCGGGCGAUCAACGCUGAGCUCCACCAGCUCCCCCGCGUCGGUCAACAGCCAGCCGUCCCCUUCGGGUCCAGCGCUCGAGUUCUCGGACACUAGCCCUCGCAUGGUGUCCGCGUCUGCGUUCAACCCCAUGAACAUCCCGCUUCCGCAGUCCCCUACCGGCUCCGUGCCUUCGCAGCGCUUCGAUUACGACUUCGGUCUGUCGCAGAGCCCGCCCGAUCGUUGGACUGUGCCAGAGCCUGGAGGCAAUGGUCUGAAGUUCUUCCCGUCCGGCUCGCAGCAGUCGCAAUCCCAGUCGUCUCAGAGUCAGUCGCAGCAGCAGUCUCAGCCGUACUCCCCUAUCUCCUACAACCCAUCGCAAUCGUCCGGCUUCGAGUCGACGUAUCUUGGGUAUGAUGGCCUCAGUGGCGUUGACCCCGCUGUCUUUGGGAUGCCGGGCUCGUCGCCGCCUUCAACCAACGGGUUCGCUGCCCCAGGGCUACCGUUCCGCGGUCUCGACUUUAUUCGUAAUUACAACCCCGCCGGAUACGCAGGAGGAAGCAGUGACAAUGCGUGGCAUACGUUUGACCCUGGAGCUUUUGGCUACGACCCCGAGAUCCCCUUCUCGCUGGGUGAACCGGCUUUGGACGGGCAGCCAUGGCAGAACCCAGUGCCAUGACACCUGACUCGCGAUGACCUCUGUUCACGUCGUUUCGUUGUUAUGUCUCCCAGAUUGGAUGUCAUGACCUGACGUUACUGUACUAAUGCGCUCGCCCAUAGACAUUUCGGCUAUGUAACCCUACGAACGUUGUGUACUAACUGUGUACUUGUAUCCGUACUGCCUGUCGUCGAUUGAGCUACUUACUAUACUGGGAAUUGAUUGUAGUCAACUUCGAGCCAUCUCAAUGUAAUCUCGCCGUUAUGUUUUUCCUGCCUGUCUCGACGCGAACG